AUGUUGAAAAAUUACGUGAAAGGGCAGAUUGAGAAACACAAGGAGGACUGGAACCCCUCGGAGAGCCGGGACUUCAUUGACAGCUACCUGCAGGAGAUAGCCAAGGACAACGGCAGUAACACCUUCUGUGAGGACAACCUCAUGGCCUGCACCCUUGACCUGCUGUUUGCCGGGACCGAGACGACUUCCUCAACCAUCCGCUGGGCUUUGCUGUUCAUGGUCAUGCAUCCAGACAUUCAAGCUCGUGUGCAGGCUGAGAUCGACACAGUCAUUGGACAGGCACGGCAGCCAGCCCUGGAGGACAGGAACAACAUGCCCUACACCAAUGCUGUCAUCCAUGAAGUGCAGAGGAAAGCCAACAUCAUCCCUUUCAACGUGCCAAGAAUGACAGUGAACGACACGUACGUGGAUGGUUUCUUCAUCCCAAAG